AUGGAUUUUGAAAGAGGAAUUUGGUCAGCAGCAAUGGAAGGGGACUUGGAAAGGGUCAACAUUUUAAUCCAGAAAGGUUCACAUCCCAACAUGAAAGAUAGUGCUGGAUAUACAGCUUUGCACUAUGCCAGUCGCAGUGGAAAGCUGGCAAUGUGCAAGUUUCUUCUUGACAACGGCGCGUGUGCAUCUCCUCAGACACCAGGGGGCGCAACUCCCCUGCACAGAGCAGCCUUCUGUGGUCAUGUAGAGGUAGUGGAACUCUUAUUGCAGCACAGAGCAAACCCAGAGCUUUGUGAUGAUGAUGGGGCAUCUCCACUGCACAAGGCUGCUGAAAAGGAACACACAGAGAUUUGUCAGAUACUUAUUCAGCAGUGUCCAUCUCUAUCAUCUCGAAUGAACAACAGACAUUUAUUGCCGUGGCACUUAUCCAAACAAGAGGAUCUACAGAAGCUCCUUAAACCACCGCUGUAA